CCUCGAUUGUAUCAGUAAAAAAAUGUCACGGUGCAUCAAGACAACAGCAGGUGGAGCUAAAGGAAAUAGUGCACUGUUUGGAAAACACUCAUCGCUCCAGCAUGAUGAUAACAUUGAUUAGUUCUCAUGGGAAGAUAAUUCAGUGUUUGUCUCUCAUUUUUAAGUAAUAUUGGAACCCCCGACUUUGAGAUAUUGUUUAUUUGAAUAGCAAAGAAAAAUCACAUUCAGUCUGCCACUGUUCACCCACAGUAAUUCUUAAUCAUUUUUUAAUACACGCCACAUGUGAAUUAAGGGAGUACCGGGACUUUUUUUUCUCUCCAUUUCGAUCACUGCUCUCAGCACAAUAAUCAGGGCACCGUAAUUUAUGCCCCUUUCCGGUCCCGUGGCCGUUGGAGUACGGCUGUUCAAAGACAUCAAAGAUAUCAGGACGUGUUCAUGUUGAAUUUAGGAUCCGUGAGCCCAUAAACCAAGAGGAGGCCGCAGCCUGGACAACCAGAGACUAACAAUAACAGAAACAAACCUGCAGCAAUUGACGUACAAUACCACAAAUAGCUACAAUAGUAAAUUAAUAACAGGAAUACAAAUAUACGUUUGAAUUGAAUGUGUCUAUAAUUUCCAAGUGAUUUCCUGAAAAGGAAUGAAUGAAAGAACAACAAAUAUUUUACAUCUAUAUGUUCUCUUGUGUUGGCCUGCUGUACAAUGACAACUAUCAAUCCACUGACCAAACAGUGUCUCUAUAUUCACCACAGUUAGUAUCUAAUUAUGCACACCUUUCCAGGAAAAUUCCUUCAAUAUUAUUAGGGAAUAAUUUGCAAACAACAGAUCUGUAUUAAAUGCCUAUGAAAGCAGGCUUGGUGAUGGAGACGGAAGCCGUGAACGGCCAUGCUUGCGAUUUUUUUCAUAUCGAUAUAACGGGUUAUUAUUUCGUUAUAGCAAGUUAUUAUCUCGUUGUCUCAACACAACAAAGCUCUUUUUCUCGUGAUAUCGAAAUUAUAACUCGUCGUCACAAGAAAACAAAAGGUUGUUUCCUUUUAUAAUUUAUAUUUAGCCUAUCAGGUAUCAGGAUUAGACAUUAUAAAAGGAAACAACCUUUUGUUUUCCUGAGAUAACAAGUUAUUAUUUCGUUAUCACACGUUAUAAAAUAAAAAUGCCUGACGCUUUAGUUGUAGAUAAAGAUGUAAAAAAAAAAAUUGUAGCUAUUUGUGGUAUUGUGCGUCAAUUGCUGCAGGUUGGUUUCUGUCAUUGUUUGUCUCUGGUUGUCCAGGCUGCGGCCUCCUCUCUCGGUUUAUGGGCUCACGGAUCCUAAAUUCAACAAACACGUCGUGAUAUCUUUGAUGUCUUUGAACAGCCGUCCUCCAACGGCCACGGGACCGGAGAAUGCCACGAUGAUUGUGAUUGUGUUGAGGGAUAUGGCGUUUACAAGCCGGUGAGCAUCGACUAUCACCACUUAGAUAGAUGUCAAACGAAAUUAAUCGGAGAUGCUUUGGCCCUUCCCAGAGUUCACUGCCCCGACCACCCUGAUGCCAUCCUGGUGGAGGACUACAGAGCAGGAGACAUGAUAUGCCCUGAAUGUGGCCUGGUAGUAGGUGACCGUGUAAUCGACGUGGGCUCAGAGUGGCGGACGUUUUCUAAUGAGAAAGCCCUUAAAGAUCCAUCCAGAGUGGGAGACGCCCAGAACCCGCUGCUCAAUGGAGGAGACCUAACCACCAUGAUCAGCAAGGGAACUGGCGCAGCUAGUUUUGAUGAGUGUGGAAAGCCAAAGUACCAGAACCGGAGAACCAAGAGCAGCUCCGACCGAGCCAUGCUCAACGCAUUUGAGGAAAUCAGAACCAUGGCAGAUCGCAUCCACCUGCCAGCGAUCAUCAUAGACAGAACAAACAACUUAUUCAAGCAAGUGUAUGAACAGAAGAGCCUGAAGGGACAUGCCCACGAUGCCAUUGCUACAGCCUGUCUGUACAUCGCCUGCAGACAAGAAGGCGUACCAAGGACCUUUAAAGAGAUCUGUGCUGUCUCGCCAAUCUCCAAGAAGAAGAUUGGCAGAUGCUUCAAGCUGAUCUUGAAAAUGCUGGAUAUCAGCUUGGACCUCAUCAACCCGGGAGACUUAAUGCCCCGCUUCUGCUCAAACCUCGGCCUGCCCAAGCCGGUGCGAAUGGCGGCCAACUUCAUCGCCAGGAAGGCCGUGGAGCUUGACCUGGUGCCUGGCAGGAGCCCCAUUUCUGUUGCUGCAGCGGCCAUUUACAUGGCCUCACAGGCCUCUGCACAGAAGAAGACCCAGAAAGAAAUCGGAGACAUUGCCGGCGUUGCGGAUGUCACAAUCAGACAGUUGUACCGACUCAUCUACCCGCGGGCUGCAGAACUUUUUCCUCCAGAUUUCAAGUUCGACACGCCCAUCGUCAAGCUGCCCCAGCUGUGAAGAAGACGCUGCCUAUGCAGUCUCAAUGUUUUUUUUGCUGUACACUAAGGAUUGGGCUCUUUUAUCUCUUCUGGGUCAUAUUCAUACUCUUCUUCUUCUACUUCGGGAUUUAAUCAUUUACAUUCAUGCAUGGUGCGUAUUUAAUAUCGCUGCUGCAAUGAAUUGUGGGGCGUCUAUUUCUCCUAUCCUUUCGCAUAGGAAGCUCCAGUGUACCCUAUAGUAAAGGAGAUAGGCAUUUAGAGAAUCCGAACAGCUCUUAUCAUGGCUGCUGAUGAUAUACUUCCGGGUCCCUUCAAGAUUUAGGAAACUUCCUAAGCCAAUUUGACAAUUCGACCGUACCCAUAAGUUGAAUGGUGGAAGAAUGUGUAUUAAGAUAUCUAGCGGCAACAUCGGCGAGAUUCAGCCAUGGAGACACCUGCCGUCCUCUCAUGGAUCCGUGCCUCUGAGUGCGUUGGAAGUUUCUGGUUUCUUUGCCUAUAUUUGUAUAAUCAACAGCGUUUUGUUUUCUGUAUUUCUGAUGUACCAAAACUAGUUUGCCAGUAUUUGUUUGAAUUUCAAAUAGCAGAGAAGUGCACAGAAAUCUCCUACUCCAGGAGAGGAAUGUGAAAACACCUAAAGUCACUAAAUGUGGUCACGUGUUCCUUUUGUCCACAAGACACACUACAACAUCCUGUUACGUUUAAACUAAACUUAUUAACAUAAACUCUCAUGUGGCAACAUUAUUUGUACUUUGUAAAACUAUCUAUCGACAUAUCAUUCAAUCCACAUGUAUUUGUGGUAUUGACAAACUCCACAGUCAAUAGGACCCUGCGUGCUGAACUCAUGCAUCACUUGCAGCUCUUAUGAUGCACUAGGUGGAGGAAGCGUCUCCUCACUUGCAACCCAUACAGGUUUCAACCGGUCCUGGGCUGCUGGCAGCUGGCUGCUGGCACUCUGUGCUCACUCGCGCUGUCCCUGUACUUUGAAUGUAAGAAAGAAAAAAAAAAAGAAGGAAAGAAAGAAAAGCAGCCACCGGGGCGUGAAGUGUUAUAGUUUGGUCAGGUUACACGAUCAGAUGUGGAGGCGGUGCAAUAAACUCAUGCAGACCUGA